GGUCAUUCGAUUUUCUUGAACAAGAUCGUUCUAUUGAGAUUUGUCAUUUGAGCACUAGAGGCUGAAAGUGGUACGGGAAAACAAAGCAAGAAGUUCGCACGCAUCUCUGACCCCACUACCACUAACGAACGAGUAAGCGACCGAUUGCUCAAACUCGGCCUGGCUGCGAAACACCAGAAGUCCGUCACAACAACAACAAGAAAACUCCACCCAUCAGCCAACAUCUCGAUCCAGACCCGGCACUCGAGCGGCAGCACUCUUCAGAAAAGAAGUAAAACCGACCGCUGUUUUCCCGUCCGUAAAUCUACUACAUACAGAAACAACUUUCGAUAUGUCUUGGCAAGCAUAUGUUGAUAGCAGCUUGGUUGGGAGCAACCAGAUCUCCAAGGGGGCUAUCUACAGCGCCGCAGGCGACAGCAAAUGGGCUUCUAGUCCUGGCUUUGAACUCUCUCCCGCUGAGGCCAAAGUCAUCGCCGCCGAGUUGAAGGAUCCAAAGACCGACUCCAAGGUAUGGACUGAUGGCUUCUACGUCAAUGGCGUCCGAUACGUUGCCACGAAGCUGGAGGAUAGAAGUCUGUACGGCAGACAGGGCAAGGAAGGAAUCGUCGUCGUCAAGACCACCCAAGCCAUACUCCUCGGCCACUACCCAGAGAACGUCCAAGCAGGCAACGCCGCCGUCGUGGUUGAGAAAUUGGCAGAUUACCUCAUCGGUCUUGGAUACUAGGUGAUGAUGGUGGGGUUAGGUGAGGAGGUACAUAAACGAGAGAGAGAGCAGAGGGACCCUGAGCAUUGAUUGAUAGGGCAGAUACUAGAAUAAUGUCCUUUUGCGCUGCGCGGACGGAGGUAUAUCUGGGGGGUAGACCUUGCAGAAAAGUGAUGAUGGGAUGCUUUGCAUAGGCGAAUGAAUUACGACAAAUUAUCAUGUGGUGUUGGGUGUUUGUAAGAGCUGUGCAAGUGAGGAGCUCUAUGAUGUUUUCCAGCACGAGACUUUCCGAUUUUUAAAUGCCAUGGAGAAUCUGUUUGUUGAUUCACGUCAAGUCUCUUUUAAAGGUUGGCAUAUCACACCAAGCUGGUAAAUACGCCAGAAGAUCCCCUUAUAA